CACCUCCGCUCCGGCAGGGGGCGGUGGUGCGUUGCUCUGUCACGGUGUGAGCACAUGUUUGCGGAAGUAUAUCCAUGUGUGUGUCACAUACUUCGUACGCAGCACUGAGAGUAUUUACUCUAGGUGAUUUGUUUGAAAACAGAAGAAAAUAGGUUAAGCUGAUGUCUGAAUGAGUCGCCAUAAUAAGCCUAUUAGUGGACAGUUGGGCUGCUAAACUUAAGCGAAUGGUAGUAAGGUGUAAGACGAACAGGACGAGCUUUUUCUGAGCAUGGCCCGAGCUCUGCAGGUCCUCUCCCUCUUCCCCAGAUGCGGUGUUCUGUCAGUGGCUACCUCAGCUUCCACACACAGCCGCAGGUUUGCAAGCAGAGAUGCGAGCAGAGCAUGGAUGGGACGGAGCCACGUGCAGAGAGAGAGGACGUCAGUCAGAGCUCCAGGAGGCAGCGGGGACACGUCCGCCGAAGAGCCCGAACUGCAGGAUUUAGAGGACGUGGAGGACAAGCUCCAAGCCUUGGUUGAUGAAGGGAGGAGAAGGCAGAGGACCGUGAAGUACAACAUACUCAGGAGGCAGAUGUCUUCACCAGGACCUCCACAGAGGAAGCUAACCUGGGAUGCUAUUGAGCAGAUUAGAUACCUAAAGCAGGAGCUACCAGAGGAGUGGACAGUACAGCGUCUGGCUGAGGGCUUCUCUGUCACGCCUGAUGUCAUCCUGAGGGUCCUCAGGAGCACGUUCAUCCCCAGUCCUGAAAGAAAGGCCAAGCAGGAUGCUAACGUAAUGAAUGCACUGAGUCAGCAGGUGUUGCCUUCAGGUGCUUGGAAAGCGCAGGAAAUGCCAAAGCUGCCAAGGAACCACAAACCAGUAACGCUCUUAUCUGAAAAUAGAGAAGAUGCUUUGGUCCCUGUGUCGGAUCAGAAUCUUGUGAUUCAAAAGAAGGGCUCAGGAUCUCUGGCUAAUAGCCGUGCCCUUGUUACAGUUCAGCCGACCCAGUUCGCAUCUGGGAUUAGUAUAGAGGCACCAGUGAAACCAUCAAUAAAAGGUGAUAUUACUUCUGACACAAAUCUGGAAGAGAAUGAUGAGGAGUGCUGGGAUGGACAAGUGUUGACGGAAAAAGAACUUGAAGAGUUGAUGGAAAUGGAAAAGCCAUCUCCCGUGUUGCAAGUUGGCAAAGAAUUCUUUGAUGCAGAUGGAAAUUUUUUGUAUCGAAUCUGACGACUUUCUGUUGAAGUAAAACUUCCAAAAUGUCACAUUCAUAAUCUCUAUCUUCUCUCAACCAGACUUUGUUCUGGUGACUCUUUAACUGACAGGUUGUGAUAACCACAAAUUGCCGGUUAUUAACCACAAGAGGGUGUUUUCACCUCGUUGCUCUCAGUUCUUUACUCAUGUCAUGGCGAGAGCGAUAGACAAGAGGAAGAUGACAAAGAUACAGGAACAUUACUUUAUUGGGAAACCCAAAGAAAACCGCCUCACAUAUACAGAAGAGAACCAGCAGAUACAAAGAUGUAACCUUGUAUAUGUACAGAACUAUUACAAUGACUUAUUAAUUUAUACAGCAGUUUGAAAAUGUAAGAAAACAGUACCUCCACCUAAUGCAGUGAGCCUUAUUUAGGCAAGUGUUCCCCAGUGUGUAACUGCUACAGAAUAUCCCAGUAUCCACUGCCUUCCUAAUGAGUUGACUUUGUUUUCAAAGUUUUAGAGACUUAAUUCAUUUGUGUAUUAAAUCAUAAAAGAAUAACCAG